GCAUGUGCAGUGACCCCAAACCAGUCCCCAAAACACCUCCGAAAAGCCGCUGCUGCCAGCGUGUCACGCAGGUAUUAAUAGACUGUCCCCUGUAAGAAUCUCUCUCCAGCCAACUUGCUGCCUUCCCAAACAUGUCGAUCAUCAAGAGUCCUCACCCUGACAUCGCCAUUCCUGACGACGUGUCGCUUGUAGACCACGUCACCAAAGACUUUGACACAUUCGGGGACAGGGUUGCGCUGGUCGACGGCCCCACGGGACGAUCUUACACGUUCUCGCAGCUGAAGAAACUUAUCCGUGUGUGCGGCAGCGCCCUCACGCGGCUAGGCUUCAAACAGCAUGACGUGUUCGCCAUUUACAGCCCCAACCUGCCGGAGUUUGCCAUCAUUUUCUUCGGAGUCAUCGGGAUUGGAGGCACCGUGACGACGGUCAAUCCUCUGUACACUGCAGAUGAGCUCGCACAUCAGCUGGAGAUGUCUGGAGCGUCAUACGUCAUCACCAUCGGCAUGUUCGCCGACAAGGCUAAACAGGCCAAGGACAAGUGCGACAAGAUCAAGGACGUGUAUGUAUUCGGUGAGGCUGAGGGCUGCACGCCGUUCUCCAGCCUCCUGCGGGACGACGGCUCGGCCUUCCCGGCGGACGUGCAGAUCAACCCGCGGGAGGACGUGGCGGUGUUACCGUACUCCAGCGGCACCACGGGGCUGCCCAAGGGCGUCAUGCUCACACACUACAACUUCAUAGCCAACCUGGAGCAAAUGAGACAAGAUGGAUCUAUAGCAGCAGUUGCAAACCCGAGCCUUCUGGGACUUCUGCCCUUCUUCCACAUCUACGGCAUGUCCGUCAUCCUGGCCGGCUCGCUGCUGGUGGGGGCAAACGUUGUCGUCCUCCCCAAGUUUGACCAGGAGCUGUUCCUGAAGUGCAUCCAAGACUAUAAGGUGACGCACGUGCACCUGGUUCCUCCCAUCGCUCUGUUUCUGGCCAAACAUCCGAUGGUGGACAAGUACGACUUUUCCCACGUCCAGGAGCUAUUCUGUGGAGCUGCGCCGAUGGGCAAAGAACUGAGCGAUGCUGUCAGGAACCGACUGAAUGUACCAUCUAUCAGACAAGGUUUUGGCAUGACGGAGACAAGUCCAGUGACGCAUGUGGUGAAGAUGGGAGAGAGUAAGCCUGGGUCCGUCGGGGUUCCCAUUGGUAACACAGAAAUGAAGGUCGUGGAUGUCGAGUCCGGUAAGCUGCUGGGCGAGGGUGAAGACGGUGAGCUGUGUGUGCGGGGUCCUCAGGUGAUGAAGGGUUAUCUGAACAACCCGGAGGCCACGGCCAACACCAUCAAGGACGGCUGGCUGCACACAGGGGAUAUCGGCCACUACGACAGUGAGUGCAACUUCUACGUGGUGGACAGGCUGAAAGAGCUGAUCAAGUACAAGGGCUACCAGGUGCCUCCUGCGGAGUUGGAGGCCCUCCUCCUGUCUGAACCACGUGUGCAGGACGCGGCAGUGAUCGGGGUACCUGACCUGGAGGCAGGGGAGCUGCCUAAAGCCUACGUCGUCAAGAAGGCAGACUCAGAUGUCACAGAGGAAGAUAUCAAGCAAUUCAUCGCCGGGAAAGUUGCUCCGUACAAGAAGCUCCGGUUUGUGGAGUUCACGGACCAGAUCCCCAAGUCGGCCAGCGGGAAGAUCCUGCGGAGGGUGCUGAAGCAGAAGGAGGUCGAGCGGCAGAAGAAGGACUAAACUCUGACAUAUGGAAGUCUAGUUUGUAGAAAAUCUAGUUUAUCUUGUGCUCCGGCACAUUCAGGGAUAAGCAUGGUGGCAGACGUUGUAUGAUGUAUAGUCCUAACCGUACACGGUUCUUGGUAGAAGGGGUGAGGUCGGUGUCGAGACAGCUGAUUAAUGAGCAAUCCGGUCACAAACCAGUCUAUGCAAUAAUGAAGCAUCGCGACAUAUCUUACAGAUCAUAUUUACUUCAAUAUUGUGAUACAUGGCAAAUGUUGGUCCAAAAACUGUGUCAAUGUUUCUAAAGAAAUCCAGACAUGUGUCCUUGAAGAAAGUUAUGAAAGCAAACAAACAAACAAAAUCCAUACAUAUCGUUUUAACUUCUUUAUUAAGACGCCAACAAAUGACAAUAAAUGCUUAAUUGCCAUAAUUUGAAAGAAAACUUGAAUAGAUCUUAUAAAACCAACAUCAAUCGAUCACCUUUUGAUAGGAAAUAUACAACACUUGUUACCGAUGUUCCUAGGGUACUUGCACUCUAAUUAUUUAUCCCAUGUUUUUAUUUUGAAUUAAUACAAUCUUUUCUCUUGGGGUUGGUUGCUAUCGUUUUUAAAGGUGAUUAUCAUACUAAGUGAUGUUAAAACAGAAAAGAUAUUACAUGUGUACUUUGUUUCAAAUAAACGUAAAUGCAUUCUCUUUUA